AUGGCGAGAGAUAGUCAAGAUACCGAUUCGGAAGGUCCCCGCGGCCGUACUGGCCGUCCUGAGACACCAUCAUCUUCUGCGAAUUCGUCUCUCUCACGCCGUCCCACUCCUCGCGUACACUUUGAAGAGCCCGACAUGUGCAACCCACUAGCAUCUCCUCGUUCUGACGUGACUGUCACUGCGGUCCCGGUGCCUGUGCCUUCCAAAUCGACCAAUCCGAGGGUUGGUGUGCCUUCAAGUCUCGCAGAGGGUUCACAGUUCGUGUUGCCGCCUCCUUCACAUGACAGACGUAACGCUUUCGCUCAACGCAAAGCAAAACUCGCGGCUCAGGCUGCUGCUUCCUCCCAAGCUUCUUCUUCUUCUCAACCUCCCCCUCGCCCCUCUUCAUCUCACCCUUCUCGCUCUGUCACCCGUGCUUCUUCCAUCCCUCCUGUUCCCCCUUUUCCUGUUUCCAUCCUGAAAAAUCGACCGGGCAACAUCUCCAUUGCUCAAGUUAAACCUCGUUCUUCUUCUGCUCCCCCAUCUCCACCAAAGAUGGAUGACAGCUCCAAUGUUCCGGGGGGCAACAACAAGCCACUCCCUGUGUCUCCCUCCAGUAAAUUCGAGCCGCACACACCCAGCCCUCGUACACCCAGCUUCAAAAAGGAUGGCAUGCACCGUCCUAGCUUUAGUCCCAUGGAGCGUGUUUCUGGUGCUAGUCCUUCUGGUGUCAGCCCGACCACCUCUCAUCGGUCUAGUUUGACUAUCAAAGACCUUCCUGAGGCAGUCCGAUCUCUCCAGUCACGUUAUGAGACAGACCAAAAGCGACUCAGCAAGAAGCUCGACGAUAUGAACAAGCUCGAACAGAAGCUUGAGGGCUUUAUUACCUUGACACACGACUACGUUAAGGACCUAACGGAUGCGCUAUUCAAGGACAUGACUGAAUUGUCCGACGAAUUUUCCCAGGCAAAGCUCGACGCAAAGGAAGCCAAGGAACAGGUCCGCAACCUCAAGGAGGAAAUUCACGAAAUGCGGACUGAGAUCAACGGACUCACCUCGUCGCUGAAUGACCUGGGUGCCAAGGUCGACAUGUGCCUGUCUGGAAUCUGGGACAACACCGCAGAGCCAUUCGUGGCCUACCAACGUCGAAAGAAUAAAGAGAUCGACGAAGACAUCCAAGACAUCGGUGAUCAAACCAACGAACAGAAAGCGCAAAUCACCUUCAUGAGACAGAUGAUAAUUCGCACUCAAAUUGCGCUCCGAGUCUUGCAACAACAACAUGGUCUCACAGUCGCUGAUGAUGUGGAAAGAAUUCUUCCUCCAACCCCUUUGCCCGCUUUGCCUGUCCUCGACCCCAUUUCACACACCGGUACAUUGAGGACCCUUCCUCUCCCCUCCCCUGGGUCUGAAGCAAUCGCGACAUCUUCAGCUACCGCUACCUCGACAGCAACGCCUGCCCCAACGCCUGCUCUCCCGACAUCUUCAACUACCUCGACAGCAAAGCCUGCCCCAAAGCUCGCUGCUGCAACAUCAGCUCCUCAGACAGCAAAGGCGACUCCACCAGCAUCGGCCACCGGCUCAUCGACUGUCACUCCUCCGGGCUCUUCUACCGUCAAGCAGAGUUCAAUUCCCCGUCGGACCAAGAAGAACGGUUCGAAGAAGUCCGCCAGCUCUACGAGCCCAACUCAGCGGCCUGCACCUACUCCUUCGAGCGAGGCCCCAGUCUCUGCUCCCCCUGUGCCAACACUCCCCCCUGGCAUCCGUGUGCCGGGUGGUCCCGGCAAUAUUCCCUUCGGGGACAUUCACCCACUCUUCCGCCCUCAGUUCCGUGAGGCAAACGCUCAAGGGAUCCCAGCGAUCCCAGCGAUCCGCGCCCCGGCCACUGAGGAGGCCACCAAGGUUGAGACUGGCAAAGAGCCUCGCAAGUAG